AGAGGGAGAGAGAAGGAGGGGAAAGGAGAGAGGACAAAAGAUUCAAAACAAAGGACGUUUUUGGACGACAGGAAAAAUUCUCGUAAACAUCCAGCUCUGACAACGAUGGGCAGUCUUCCAAUCGCCCUGCUCCUCUGCGGUUUCCAUGCUCUCACAGCUGUAGCCCAAUCCCCACAGGCUGAGGUGGAUCUCCCCAGAGGUGACUGGAAUGAAGAGGAGGCUCUGCUGUCUGUCUCUACCCUACCACCUGACUGUAGGGAAGAGACGUACCCCUGCACCAGGAUGUACUCUGUCCACCGGCCCAUCAAGAGAUGCAUCCACUCCCUCUGCCUUUACAGCCUCCCUCGUGUCUAUGUGAUCAACAAGGAGAUCUGUGUGAGAACUGUGUGCCAACAGGAUGAGUACCUGAAGGCUGAGCUCUGCAGGGAGAGGUCCGGCUGGCCCAAACGCUUCCAGAGGUCAACCACCAAUAAGAAACGCUGUCGCAAUCACCGUGGCAACCCCAAAACCUGGGAAAACAAGGCCUGAUGGGCCCAAGAUGGCGGAGAUGGAAGGAGGGGCGGAGGAAGAAGGGAGGAAGGAGAGGAGGAGGAGGGAGGACACCCUUGGAGACAGAACACUGGGUUGUCUCCAUAAAAACACCCCAAAACACCAUAAAUCCACCGCUCAACACCUGGUGCUAGCCUGUGCCUUAUUACACACACACACACAAUCACACGCACGCACGGACAGACACACACAGAGACACACAUGCACAAACGCAUGCACACACACACACACACACAGUCCUCGUAACUCCAGUUAAGAACAGUCUGAGUCAUAUUUCUCAGUUCUUCUAUUAGCCUCUUGUUUUAUUAUAACUGUCUGUGAAUAUCAUGGGGAGAAAUCACUCCCGACAGAUUUGCUCUGUGUUUUAUUUGACACGGAUCAUGUUCUCGUGGUUUACGUCAGUGCCAUUCCGGGCUGUAUAAUACUGCUCAGAUGGAACGCUGUUGGGUUCCUGUAGUUCGUUGUGUAGAGGCAAUCUGAGAACAAAGUAUCCACUCUGUCAUCACUGGCACCUUACUGUAAAGCUCUCUAUCACAAUCCAAUACCAAAGUAGUGCAAUAUUACCCAAUAAAAUGUAAUGAAUUGG